AUGACAAUCUCAAUUGAAUGUGUUCUAGAAUCAGCUGUAUUCUUUCCUGGUGAUACUUUAUUCUGUAGAAUACAUAUUUAUAAUAAAUCAUUGAUAUCUCCAAUUAUAAUAUCCAAUAAUAAUAGUAGUAAUAAUAGUAAUGGUAAUAACAAUAGUAACAAUAGUAAUAAUAAGAUAAAUGAAUCGAUAUCAUGGAUUACAACACAAGUCUAUGGAAAUAUGAUAGUUGAACCAAAGUACUUUAGGAUGUCUAGUUCAUCGCCAAAAUUGAAUUCUACAUCAUCAUCAUCAUCAAAGAAACAACAACAACAAUAUCAAGUACAGCAGCAACAACAACAACAACUGCAAGCACAACAAAAGAAGAGUAGUGCACCAGGUCUAUUCGGUGGAAUAUCUACUGCCACUUCACUACCAAACAUAACCGACACCGGUGAGAAUGGUCGUUCGAUAUUUGCAUCUCCGACAACCAUCUUGGCAUCCGACAUUCAAAUUCCAGUCGGACAAACUAAAUCUUUUAUUUAUUAUAUAACAUUACCAUCAUCGUUACCACCAUCGUUUAAAGGAACUAGCUUACGAUAUAGUUACUUCCUCUCGAUAGCAGCACAACUCUUUACACAGCCAGCACAGAUUCUCACCAUUCCAAUUCGUAUUCUAACACCUGCCUCAGCACUCCGUCAACUAAAGUUCAAACUAAACAUAUCGAAUCACGAAUUCGAAGAGGGUUGCACUGAGACACCACAAGAAACAAAUAAAAAUUUAGAGAUAGUAUCGAAAUGGCCAAUAUCAGCAUUCAAGAAAUCACAAUAUUUUCCUGUACCAUAUCCGCAGAAUCUCUCUCAAUAUGACUCUAACAAUACAAGAAAAUCAGUUAUAGAUUUGCUUAAUAAAUAUUCUGUACCAGGAACAGAAAAGUUAGCAACAUUCUCAAUAUUAAAGACAGCAUUUACACUGGGUGACACUGUAUGUGGAACCUUUGAUUUCUCUAUUGCAACCAUACCUUGCUAUAAGAUAUUGGUUAAGCUAGAGUGUGAAGAGACUAUCGAACCGAAAUACCAACAGUCAUCUCGAAGCAAAUCAAACAGAAGACUCUACGGUGAACUUCAUGAAUAUACGACCAACGUCAGACAGACUCACUUUAUGUUUCAUAUACCUGUAGAAGCAUCACAAGAAUUCUCAACUAAACAUGUGUCUGUAAAAUGGGUAUUAAAGUUUGAAUUUGUUACACCUGUUAAGAAUCCUUAUGGUCAGCAACAACAAACACUGCAUCAUAUCAAUAGCAAUAGUAAUAGUUAUCACCAACAAACAACACCUUCUAGUAUGUCGAGAUCGAAUUCAUUGGAGAUUGAACAUGAACAUCAUCAACAACAUCAUCAUUUACAAUCAACCAAAUCAAUUGGAAAGAGUAGUUCUUAUAAUGAAGAUUUAGGAAGAACAACUACUACAUCUACAACUACAACUACAACACCUCAACAAUUACAACAACAACAAUCAAACUUAGCUGUAAACAACAACAAUAAUAAUAAUAAUAAUAAUUUGAGUCAAUCACAAUCGAUGCCAUCUACACCACCACAACAUCUACAACAACUCUCAAAGUCUGUGAGUAAUCGAGUGAUCUCAGAGAUACCGAGUGACAGUGAGAGUAAUAUCAGCUCGGAUAGCGGUGCUAUGAUCUCGGAGGACGUGUUACACAGCAGUUCGAACAGUUUGCCUGGUGUACGUGCAUCGACCUCCAACAACUCUAGUGUAAGCGGACUCAUCGGCAGUGGUGGUGGAAGCACAGGUGGAGCAUCUACAGGAACAACAAGACACAAACGCUAUGAAAACAAUCCUAUAGUCGGUGUACUCAUUAACAACGAUGAACACAACAUCCCAUUUGUCGACACACUUCAUUGGAGUCUACCAAUUAGAGUAUUAGUAUGUUCUCCACCUCAUGAAUUACUUCAUACAAAAUAA